AUGGCGGCCGAACUGGUCCUCGGCAGCGUAGGCCUCGUCGGCCUCGCCGGCCUCUUCAGCUCUUGCUUGGAGGCCAUCGACAGGGUUAAGGACUACAAGUCUUUCUCGUCAGAUUCAAGUUCGCUAAACGUCCAGCUCGACGCCCACCGGGUCCGUCUCGAGCGCUGGGGCCGCGACGUUGGGCUUGACAAUGGACGCCUCUCGGCCGACCACGACCGGCGCCUCGACGACAACCAAACAAGAUCGGUAGUGGAAGAGCUCCUCGCAAUCAUCAACGGCACCCUCGGGUCGGAUGGGCGUCCGGGCCAGACGGGGAGUGGACACACUCACCUAGAUGCCACUCUGGGCAAUACCAAACAACCCCGCACCCUCGAGGGUGUCGGGUCAAGGAGACGCAAGCUCACGUGGGCCCUGGGGGGCAAGGGCGACCGCACAGUACAGGUCACGCAGCUGGGAAAACUUGUGCAGCUCUUGCACGACCUGGUACCUCCUGACCGGGCGGCGAGCACCCGGCCGACGACUGACCAUGGAUGGCUGACCGAGUUUCACCAGACCUUGGCCGAGUUCCGCCAGACCCUGGCCGAGGCGCAAGAGCCAGCCGAGACGCGACGUGAGGUCCACGCUUGGCUGCUAGGCAAGCAGCCUCCCAAUAAGCGCUACGAGGACUCGCGCGUCAAGAGAUUGCCCGGCACCUGCGACUGGAUCUUCACGCGGCCGGCGUUUGCCCGGUGGAGCGCCGCGGAUCCAUCCCCGGGCUCGGCUCGGCUGCUGUGGAUCCACGGACCGCCCGGCUUUGGCAAGACUGUUCUGUGCACACGCACCGUCGAGCACCUCUCGGCCGUCCCUGGCAACACCGUCGCCCAUUUCUUCUUCUCGUCCGAUCACGAGAGUCGCCAUGACCCCUACGCGGCCGCGCGAUCCUGGGUCUCCCAGCUGGCGUCGCAGCCGGAGGCGUACGCACUGGUCCGCCAGAGAUGGGAGACGACGAAGGACCAUGUCGCCACCCGCGCGACCGUCAUCCAGCUCCUCCACGAUGUUCUGCAGGCCACGCCGGGCUGCUAUCUCGUCGUCGAUAGUCUCGACGAAUGCACGGCACCGGAUGACGGCACCUCCUCGGUCGCGAGGUUCCUCGAGGACGUCCUGAACACCAUCACGUCGGCCACCCGACUCCUCAUCGUCAGCCGCGAGGAGACCGACAUACGACAGCCGCUGCGGGCCGGCGGCCCUGCCCGCCUCGCCGAAUACCAGAUAUCGCCCCAAGACGUCAGCGCCGACGCCGCCGCCUACGCGCGGGACAUCGCCGACAGGAAGCUGCCGGGCAAGGAUGAAAAUGUCAGGGCCAGUCUCUCGAGCGCUAUGGCCGACCGAUGCAAGGGCCAGUUUCUCUGGCUGAAAAUGCAAGAGCCGACCCUGAAGACGUGGAAGAACCUCGGGCAGCUCCAGAGAACCCUCGACGGCACCCCGACCGGGCUCGACCGCAUCUACGAACGAAACUGGGAGAAGAUCACGAGGAGCGACCAGAGAGAACGCGCGGUCGCUUUGCUGCGAUGGUCGGCCUUUGCGUUGCGGCCAUUGACGAUCGACGAAAUGACGGAGGCUGUGCUGAUCGACGAAGACCUGGAAGAGCUCCCCGUUAACGAGCUCCCCGACGCCGUUGACGACGACUACAUCCACGGCGAGAUCCUCGAAGUCUGCGGUCCGCUCCUCGAAGUCCGCCGCUCGCCCCCGGACUCGGCUGCGGGGAAACAGACACUGCACCUGGCACACUUUACCAUCAGGCAAUUUCUCAUCGGCCGUCUUCCCGUCGGGGGGAUCCCGGCAAACGAGACCCUGAGGGUAUCCAACGAGCAGAUGCAAAACACCCUGCUCGCAAGGUCGUGCCUCUGGUACGUUCAGUCUCGUCAGACCUGGCGGGAUGGCGCCAAUGCCGACGGAUCACCGUUCCGGGCGGCUCUCCGCGACUACUCAGCUGCAUCGUGGCACGCACAUGUGAAAGCUGGACUAUCCCUGGACAGCGAUCCGUGCACUCUCGAACGCGUCCAAACAUUCAUGAACGAAGCUCACCCCUGCUGGAAGCCUUGGAGGACAUGGUUUGAUGAGCAUGAUGACGAAGAAAAUAAGUCAGCAAAAGAUGAGAAAUUCAGACCAGGGCCCCCAUAUUAUGCCCUCAAACUGGAUCUGGGUCCCGUGGCCGUCAGUCACAUCCGGAAAUUCGGCCCUGGAUUGCUUGCCGCCUGCGGCAGGUCUGUACUUAAUCUGUGUUGUCUCCAGGGCAAUAUCGAAGUCGCAGAGGCAAUCCUUGAUGCCGGCGGCGCCGAUAUCACGGUGGCUAACAACGAUAGUAUAACGCCUGUCGUCUCUGCUACCGUUAACGGCCACCUCGAGGUGGUUAAGUUGCUGGUAGACAAGGGCGCCGAUAUCACGGUGGCUAAUAAGGAUGGAUAG